AUGGCUGCUGCUACUGAAACACGCGAGACCAACCUACAAGGCGACGAUGGUCUUUCUGAAUCUUACGGCCGUGCCAACUUGAGCGAGCAAGGCGAACUCGACGUUCAGCCAAAGACUGAUGAAGAGUAUGCGCAAGCUAUUCUUACGCUUCGCGCUAUCGUCUCUUCCAAGGAAGCAGGCGUGAUCAUUGGAAAGGCGGGAAAAAAUGUUGCUGACCUGCGCGAGGAAACUGGCGUCAAAGCUGGUGUCAGCAAGGUAGUUCAGGGUGUUCAUGACCGCGUGCUCACUGUCACUGGUGGCUUGCAAGGGUGCUCACGGGCUUAUGCUAUAGUUGCAAAAGGUCUACUUGAGGGUGCCCCUCAGGUGGGAAUGGGCGGGGUCGUUCAAAACAAUGGAACUCACCCCGUCCGUCUUUUGAUUUCGCAUAAUCAGAUGGGCACUAUCAUCGGACGCCAAGGUCUGAAGAUUAAGCACAUCCAAGAUGCUUCUGGUGUUCGUAUGGUUGCGCAGAAGGAGAUGCUGCCUCAGUCGACUGAACGAAUUGUUGAAGUGCAAGGCACACCGGAAGGUAUCGAAAAGGCUAUUUGGGAGAUUGGAAAAUGUCUCCUUGAUGACUGGCAGCGGGGCACGGGGACUGUUUUGUACAACCCGGCCGUGCGAGUCUCAGCCGGAGGAUCUGGCUCAAUCAAUAAUGGUGGAGGAGCUGGCAGCUACGGAAGUGGUGGCCGCUCAUACAAUCGCACGGGCAAUGGUGCUGAUUUCAGUGAACCCACUGGUGGCUACAAUCGUCGCGGCAGUGGGGAUGGUGCUGGCCGAAAUAUUCCACUGGUCACUGAUGACGGCGAAGAAAUUCAGACGCAGAACAUCAGCAUCCCUUCUGACAUGGUUGGUUGCAUCAUUGGUCGGGGCGGAAGCAAGAUUAGCGAGAUUCGCCGCAGCUCCGGUGCAAGAAUCUCCAUUGCGAAAGCUCCACAUGACGAGACUGGCGAACGCAUGUUCACGAUCAUGGGAAGCGCGCAGGCGAAUGAAAAGGCCUUGUAUCUUCUCUACGAGAACCUCGAAGCCGAGAAAAUGCGCCGUAGCCAACAGCCUCAAGAAUAA